CUAUGAGUCUGAACGGCUUGAGGGCACCUAAUAACAACAUUUAUCUAGUGCUUUCUAUGGACCAACCGGAAACCCUGGCGGCGCAGUUGGAAUCCACCAGGCGCUCCUUGGAAACUCUAUGGGGCAGUUCUACUCUGUCCUAUAGGGUCGCUAUGAGUCGGAAUCGACUCGACGGCAACGGGUUUGGUUUUUGUUUUUUUGUGGGCCGACUACCAGGUGCGCUGGUGGCGCAGGUUGGUCAUUUGGCUGCUAAUAAAAAGGUUAGUAGUUGGAACCCACCAGCCGCUGCAUGCGAGGAGAAGAGACCUGGUCCACUUAAUUACAGCCAGGAAACCCCAUGGCAGUUCCACUGUUACCGGAGGUCGGUAUGAGUCGGCAUCGACCUAAUGUCAACUUUGUUUCUUUACACGGGCCCGCCACUCUGCUGUCUUCUGUCGGCCCUCUCACGUUUUUCACAAAACCUCAGUGAGGGCCGUGCCAUUAUAUCGGAACUUUACAGAUAAAGCGGCUGAGGGGACAGCGGUCCCCCGGCUGGCAUGGCUUUUCACCACCACGAAGCCCACGUCCCAGCAUUCCACUUCUCCGUUUUUAUUCCCACCACCCCUCCCCAACCUUCACAGGGAAAGAUGCGGCAGCUCGUUCAGCUGAUCUGAAACCUUUCGUCCAGCCAGAGCCCGUCCACUUCCAGUUAGAACAAGUUUUCUAUUCAUGAGCCAGCCUGCGGGUGGUCACGAGCAAUUCUUUGGCAAAACCGUAGUAUCACAUUCAUUCACCCCAAAUUUGUGCCGCGGGGCACCGAGAAGUUGCUGGGGUACCGGGACCGGCGCGCAUGCGCACGUCAGGCCUCCUGCCCUCUCGGGCCCUCCCGCGCCUGCGCACGCCCGUCUUCCCGCGCAUCCGGUCUCUCCCGCGCCUGCGCACAUCGCGGCGGCCCGAGCGGAAGCGGAAGCGGAAGCGCGCGGGGCAACACCCGCGGUAGCGGUGGCGGCGAUAGCGGCGACGGCGGUGGAGGUGAGCAGGUCCCGGCUGCGGCUACGUCUCUAGGUCCUCUUCGUCAUGGGUGUGCGGGGUCUGCAGGGAUUUGUGGGGAGCACCUGCCCACACAUAUGCACGGUAGUGAACCUCAGAGACCUGGCAGAGCGCCACCGGAGCAAGCACCCAGGCUGCUCCCCGACUGUCGUGGUUGACGCCAUGUGCUGUAUCAGGUACUGGUACACGCCUGAGUCCUGGGUCUGCGGUGGCCAGUGGCGAGAGUACUUUUCUGCCCUGCGAAACUUUGUCAAUGCGUUCGCGGAGGUCGGCAUCAAGCUGGUGUUCGUUUUCGAUGGCAUAGUGGAGCAGGACAAGCGAGACGAGUGGGUGAAGCGCAGACGCAAGAACAGCAGGGAGAUUUCCAGGAUCUUCCAGUACAUCAAGUCUCAUGGCGAGCAGCCUGGCAGGCACAUGUUCUUCAUCCCCCCUGGGCUGGCUGUGUUUACACAGCUCGCCCUGAAGGCCCUGGGCCAGGAGGCCCACUGCUCCCUGCAGGAGGCCGACUACGAGGUGGCCUCACUCGGCCUCCAGGAUGGGUGCCUCGGGGUCCUUGGCGAGGACACUGACUACCUGAUCUACAACACCUGUCCCUACCUUUCCAUCCGGGAGCUCUGCCUGGACACUCUGGACACAGUCAUGCUGUGCCGGGAGAAGCUCUGCGAGAGCCUGUGUCUCAGUGUGACGGACCUGCCCCUGUUAGCCUGUCUGCUCGGCAACGACGUAAUCCCACAAGGCAUGUUUGAAAGCUUUCGGUACAAGUGCCUGUCUGCCUACACCUCGGUAAAAGAGAACCUGAACAAAAGAGGCAACGUCAUCCUGGCUGUGGCGGACCACAUAGCUAAAGUCCUUCGCUUGCAUCAAGGUGAGAAAAAACUAGAAGAGAUGCUGCCUUUGGGACCAAACAAAGCUCUUUUUUAUAGAGGAGUGGCAUCAUAUCUUUUGCCAGGACAGAAAUCUCCAUGGUUUUUCAAAAAAUCCAAAGCUGUAACAACUUUGGACAAGCAAAUACUGUCCAUGAGUUCAGACUCUGAAUCCAAGCAAGAAGUUGCCAUGUGUACGGACCCUGAAUCCAAGCAAGAAGUAUCCAUGUGUACAGACCCUGAAUCCAAGCAAGAAGUAUCCAUGUGUACAGACCCAGAAUCCAAGCAAGAAGUCCCCAUGUGUACAGACCCUGAAUCCAGGCAAGAGGUCCCCAUGUGUACAGACCCUGAAUCCAGGCAAGAGGUCCCCAUGUAUACAGACCCUGAAUUUAAGCUAGAAGUACCCAUGUGUACAGACCCUGACAUUAAGCAAGUAACCAUGAGUUCAGACCCUGAAAUCAAGCAACAAGUAACUCCUUGUUCUGACCCUGAAAUCAAGCACGAAGUAACCAUGGUUUCAGACCCUGAAAUCUUAGAGGUUGCUAGAGCACACCACGUCUGGGGUGAAAGCUACCUGGUGUACAAUGUCAUGAGCAGAGGGGAGAUCGAGUGCAGCAACACCCUGGAGGAUGAGCUCGACCAGGCCCUACCGAGCCAGGCCUUCGUCUACCGCCCGGUGCGCCAGCGCAUCUAUGCACUCCUGCUGGGGGACGGUGAAGACGGCACCCACAGCCUGGCCAGGGAGGUGAAGGAGUGGUUCGUCUACGCCGGGAACCCCCUGAAGCACCCAGACCUUGUCAGGCCGCUGCCGAUGAGUGUCCCAGGAGGAACUCCGAGCUUGAAGGUGCUGUGGCUGACCCAGGGGCCAGACGUGCAGGCCCGGCGCUUUGAUGUGCUCCUGGCUAGCUUCAACCUCUCCUCCAUGCAGGAGGACCUGCAAGCUGUUGAGGGCCCCCUCAGGGCGCUGUGCUGCCUCCUUAUCUACCUCUUUGUGCAGGUGGACACUCUUGGCCUGGAGGAUUUGCAAGCUCUGAUCGCACAGGCCCUGUGCCUCCAAGGGAAGUCGACGGCCCAGCUGGUGGACUUGCAGCUUGACCACAUCAACCCCAGGGCUGUGCAGCUGGGCUCCCUCUUCGUCCGUGGCCUCACCACACUGGUGUUCGUCAACAGUGCGUGUGGUUUCCCUUUGGACAUGAGUGACUUCAUGCCCUGGAACAUCUUUGAUGGGAAGCUCUUUCAUCAAAAGUACCUGCAGUCUGAGAAAGGGUACAGCGUGGAGGCGCUUCUGGAGCAGAACAGGUCGCUGCUGAUGCGGUUCCACAGCCUCAAGUCGGUGGUGGUCAAGGCCUGCCUGAGGGAAAACAGGCGCAUCAAGAGCCGACAGCGCUGGGGCUCCCACCACACAGGGCGAUGGUCGAGACAGGGCUCCGGCUCCCAGCAGCCGAGUUCCGGGUAUGGCCGCCCGGGCCAAGGACAGCCAUGGAGGUACCCGGGGCCAGGAAGGAGACAGUGUGAGCAUGACCAGUGGAGAAGGUACUCGUCGUCUUCCGGGUGGUCCAGGUGACCCGCGGUGGCCAGGACGAGCUGAGCCCUUGUGGAGGAGUGCACCACCUUCUGAACGUGGAGUUGAUGUGGCGUCAGACGUCGUGAGCACAUGCUGUGUCACGUGCCCACACCCGGCAAAGACGGGACAUCUGCAGGAAGAGAGUCUCCUGAGACACGUCUUGUGGGGCGGCGGACAGAGGGGCGGCUGCAGACGGCAUGAGCGGCUGCAACACCUUUCCGGCCCUGUAAACGCAGAGGCUGCCACUGUUGUUACCACACAGAACAUGCCAAGACCUCGUCCUCUCAGCCAGGGUGUGUGUCGUUGGACAGUUGCACAUGCACAGACGUGUGUGCAGAGACAGGGAACACGUGCUAAGGAAGAAAGCAGCAGUCUUUGUGUGGUCCUCCCCUGGCCUGGCGACCCUGACCACUGCCCUUGAGCAUGUCACGCGUGUGUGAGCAGUACAUCACGUGGGCAGUACAUCACGCUCGUCAGCGGUGCGUCACGCGUGGGCGGCACGUCACGUGAGCAGUGCAUCACGCAUGGGCCGUGCAUCACACAUGUAUGAACAGUACGUCGUGCGUGUGGGUGAACACUGUUCACACAGGGCCUCUGGUGAGCGUGGUCCUCCCUGAGGUUUGUGGGCUUGCGUGCGUGUCCUCCAUGUUCCCAGGGUACUCCUCCCGUUUUGGAUUCCUUUUUAACCAUAUGAGUCUCCUCAAAGGCGUCACUUUGUCGUUAUUCAGUUUCCCAUGGGUGAGUGGGUGUGAGUGGUGUGGUUUCACUGCCUGCCCUCUGCGGUCAGUCUGCUGCACUGAUGAGGCACGUGCUUAGUCUUCACUCUUGUUAACGGUGGUUCCUUCGGACCUCAGAGCACUGUGGUGGGCAGCCCGUGACCCGGUGUUAGGGUUGGGUCACUCUGACGUUGCCUAAUGUGUGCACACCUGAGUUGGGUUCCUUGUGCUGACAGCUCCUUUGUAAUACGACUCUCCAUCCAAGAUGACCUUUAAACUGAAUGAUAACAAAAGUUCUGGGCCUCCGGGACCUAGGAGCGCAUUUCCCCCAGGGGAGAGCCGGGGCACACAUUCCCCCCAGGGGAGAGCCGGGGCGCACAUCCUCCCGCCCUGGGGAGAGCCGGGGCGCACGUUCCCCUCCAGGGGAGAGCCGGGGUGCACAUUCCCCCCGCCAGGGGAGAGCCUGGGCGCACGUUCCCGCCAGGGGAGAGCCAGGGUACACAUUCCCCCCUCAGGAGAGAGUGGGGGCACACAUUCCCCCCUGGAGAAGAGCUGGGGUGCACCCCCCGAGGGAGAGCCUGGGCCCUGGUUACCCCCGUUCACACUGGAGUGAGGACUGAGGCCGUGCGUUGUGUGCCCACAGCUGCAGGAGUCCACGUCUAACGGUCUGGGGAUGCUGCUCUGUCCUCCCGACCGUCCCAUGAGGCCACAGACAGCACCUCUCAGAAGGAUGUCCAGCCUCGGACUUUCUGGGGAGUGGAGGUGGGUGAGAGGCCAGCGGGGGAGUGCGCAGCCCUUGGCUGUGGGCACAAGGGCCUGGCCGCCUUACUGGGCAGGGACCCAGACCCGGAGCUGGGACUGUGACACGGUGCCCUAGAGCAGGAGAGCAUCCAACCCCAGCGACUUCCCUGCUUUCCCCACGGGGACACCCAGCUGCGGGACUUACACUCUUCCUGUGUCCCCCGCCUCACAGCGUCUGCAGCUUUGAGACCAUCCCGGGCACUGUUGGGUCAGUCGACGCAUGUUUGCAGUUUCUGUAUUUCAGGCCGUUUUGUCUGAGCCCAGGCCAGGAUGUCUGAAUAUAAAUUGCAAGUAGUUGAAAUUUUUUUUUAAACAAGUUUAUCCCAGACCCUGGUUUCUGGAAAUAAGUGGGUGUCUGGGGUAACUGAGACCACAUGUGAUCACGUCUGCAUGUGGUGGUCAAGCAGGAGACAAGCCUGUCUGCAGCACAGCAUCACGCAUGCAGCCAUGCUGUCCCACUAAUCGGGCAUCUGGCAGAAAUCAGUCGUUUUCCAGAUAUUUCAUACAUAAUCAGUUUUAUACCCAUAAAAAGAAUGUAAAAUAUUUUUCUUUAAAAUAUUUAAGAAACCACUUUGAUGCCUUGAACAAAAAAUGGAGA